AUGUAUAGGAGAAUACUGUGUUUAACUGAUGGUGAAUGUUAUUCUUCAUAUGAUGCAGCAUUUCGUCAUGUUACAACAAAUAGUGUUAUAGUUGAUACUGUAUUACUAAUGAAUGCACAUGUAGACAAUAAGCUCAAAGCAGUUUCCCAUGCCUCAGGUGGAGUGUGUGUUUGUCCUGGUUCAAUGCAAGAAGCAUUGACAUUCUUUGAAUUAGAUUCAGUACUCUCAAUGAGAGAGAGAGUGAUGACACAUUCCUAUGUUGGACAAUCAAUGCAUGGGUGCAGUAAUACUCCUUUUGAAACUAAGAACAGUUUUAAAUCAAAACACCAAUCAAGUUAUGAACAAUGUACUACAAUAACAGUUAAAAGUUACAUUGACAGUGAUAGAACACAGCUAAGUACAUCUUCUAAUCAAAAGCGAAUUUUGAAAGAAAUGAGGGACUUUUUACAUAGUCCACAUGAUGACAUUAGAGUUUAUCCCUCUGAUACUGACUGCAAUAAGUGGAAGGCUUUAAUGAAAGGACCAGAAAAGACUUGCUAUGAAAAUGGUGCUUUUGUUCUCGGUAUUGAAUUUCUUGAGGGAUAUCCCAGUGUACCACCAGAGGUCAGAUUCCUGACGCCAAUCCAUCAUUGUAAUAUCAGUUCCAGUAGUGGUAGGAUAUGCCACAGUAUUCUGGGAGAGGCAUACACACCAGCCACUAGUGUCAAGGAUAUACUGUGUCACAUAUAUGGACUACUAAUGUCGCCUGAGCUUGACAGUCCGUUAGACAGUACACUAGCAGAUGAGUUUGGAUAUCUUCGGCACAGAGAAAAGGAUCUAGAUAAAAACCUUGAUUCAUACGAGUAUUUUCAUGAAGCAGAUAAAUAUUUCAAAACAGCCAAGUCUCAAGUACUGAUUCAUGCCACGAGGUCAUUUGAAGAGUUACACUUGGAAUUAUCUGCUGAUUGUUGAGUAUUGACUAGAACAACUUAGCUAUAAGUUAUUAUUUUAUUGCUUAAUCUAGUGCCACUGUAUA